AUGGAGGACCGCGACCCUCCCUGGAAUAGGGUUCCCUCACGCAAAAAUCGUCGUCCUUUCGCUCCUUUCUCCAUUUUCGCCGCCAAUCUCUCCUUCGAUACGUCUUCAAAUGAUCUUCGUCGUAUUUUCGGUAGAUAUGGCAAGCUGACUAAUGUCUAUAUCCCCUGGAACAGACACCUCAAUAGAUCCAGAGGGUUCGCCUUCAUCCAUUUCGUCUAUGAACAAGAAGCAUUCAAUGCCAUCAAAUGUCUCCAUGAUAGGAGGAUUGAUGGCAGGGUCGUGCACAUUGAAUGGGCAAAGAAUCAGAGUAAAGUCCCGUUUUCCUCCCCAAAGGCCAACCCGGAUCCCAUCCUAGCUCCCAUCACCCGUAAACAAACUCCAGAUGCCCUGCAGAUCAUCCCAAAUCCCCUCGACUUGGACCCUAUCUCAGGAGCUGCUACCUCUCAAUCUGAAUUGGUUCCAGCUCUCGAUCUCACAGCAGCUGCCCCUUGCUCUCCUCCCCAGAACACCCAGGGAGUAUCGAAGAGGCAGCAGCCCUCCUUCAGUACCAACACAGAUACUCCUGCAACUCAGUUGCUUCAAGAUCUGACAGCUCCAAAAUCUCCUUCAUCAAAAGUAAACAGGAUUCGCAGAACUCAGGCGAGUAGAAUAAAAGCGGGCACCAACCUUCGGUCGAAUGGUACAGCAGAUUACGCAAGUUGA